CAGAUUGGCACGCGGACCCGGGGAGGAGGCACACCGAUCCAGGAGCUCGAUCCCUUGAGGGAACAGAACAAAAUACAGGGAGAAGUUGUGUCAAGGAGUGGGCUGUGUAAGGGGCAGCAGGAGUUUGGGUGAUUGAAGAAGUGCUGAGACCAGGUCCAGUCGGCGCAGGCACCGUGCGAAUGGAUGGCCAGGGUGAAUGGUGAAGAGGGGAUCGCUGACUCUCAGGCUUGACCUGGUGUCGGCUCUCACUGUCGUUGAGAGGAGGAGUAAGCUUUGAGCCCGUGUUAGUUUCACAGACUCAACAUCAGCCACGAAAGAAUCUCUGCGCUGGUCCUGCGUGAAAAUUUCACAAGGCCUUGUGCUGGGUGUUUUCUACAGUACGCCCACUUCUCCCAUUCAGUCGUCCUCACAUAGUAUUUGACACUAGACAGAAAACAGUGUUAAAUUUACUUCUGUUUCAUUAUUCGGUACGAAUCAAGCAUUUAUUGAAAUUCCUCUGUUUCGUUGUGUUCGGCGUUUGAAUGUUUUUUUAGGUGGUUUGUAUCCCUCUUAACCUGGCUUCUCCCAUUAUUGUCCCCGUUAUUUCCAUAUGUCCCCGUUAUUUCUAUACUGCCCUGUUAUUUCCGUAUGUCCCCGUUAUAUCUAUAUCUUCCCAUUAUUGCUAUAUGGCCGCGUUAUUUCUAUACCGCCCUGUUAUUUCGAUACGGCCGCGUUAUUUCUAUACGGCCCCAUUAAUUCUAUAUGUCCCCGUUAUUUCUAUACUGCCCCGUUAUUUCCAUAUGUCCCCGUUAUAUCUAUAUCUUCCCAUUAUUGCUAUAGGGCCCCGUCAUUUCUAUAUGGCCGCGUUAUUUCUAUACCGCACUGUUAUUUCUAUACGGCCACAUUAUUUCUAUAUGGCCCCGUUAUUUCUAUACGGCCGCAUUAUUUCUAUACGGCCCUGUUAUUUCUAUACGGCCGCAUUAUUUCUAUAUGGCCCUGUUAUUUCUAUACGGCCCCAUUAAUUCUAUAUGUCCCCGUUAUUUCUAUAUGGCCCGGUUAUUUCUAUACGGCCACAUUAUUUCUAUACGGCCACAUUAUUUCUAUACGGCCCCGUUAUUUCUAUACGGCCACAUUAUUUCUAUAUGGCCCUGUUAUUUCUAUACGGCCACAUUAUUUCUAUAUGUCCCCGUUAUUUCUAUACGGCCCCGUUAUUUCUAUACGGCCCCGUUAUUUCUAUACGGCCACGUUAUUUCUAUACGGCCCCAUUAAUUCUAUAUGUCCCCGUUAUUUCUAUAUGGCCCUGUUAUUUCUAUACGGCCACAUUAUUUCUAUAUGGGCCUGUUAUUUCUAUACGGCCCCAUUAAUUCUAUAUGUCCCAGUUAUUUCUAUACGGCCACGUUAUUUCUAUACGGCCCCGUUAUUUCUAUACGGCCCCAUUAAUUCUAUAUGUCCCCGUUAUUUCUAUAUGGCCCUGUUAUUUCUAUACGGCCACAUUAUUUCUAUAUGGGCCUGUUAUUUCUAUACGGCCCCAUUAAUUCUAUAUGUCCCAGUUAUUUCUAUAUGGCCCUGUUAUUUCUAUACGGCCACAUUAUUUCUAUAUGGGCCUGUUAUUUCUAUACGGCCCCAUUAAUUCUAUAUGUCCCAGUUAUUUCUAUAUGGCCCUGUUAUUUCUAUACGGCCCCGUUAUUUCUAUACGGCCCCGUUAUUUCUAUACGGUGAAUUUUCCACAAUGUGGUGUUGCACAGGAAUGUAACCAUCAGAGCGACUGUACUGACGCUGUCAUUCAGGGACCAGAGGACGCUCAGACACCAGUCCCCUACCACAGCCAAAGGGUCCCACACACACACACACACACACUCUCUCACACACACACUCUCACACACUCUCACACACACACACUCUCUCUCACACACACACACUCUCUCUCUCUCACACUCUCUCUCUCUCACACUCUCUCUCUCACACACACUCUCUCUCACACACACUCCCUCUCUCUCACACACACACUCCCUCUCUCUCUCACACACACACUCUGUCUCACACACACACUCUC